ACUCUACAAUAAUAUUGCAAACACGUGCAGUACGCGCGCGUCUUCACCUGUUGUUGUUACAAUAUUUUAAAUGACAAAAUGGGUCUAACUAAACAAUAUUUGGCAUAUCGUGCCAUAGAUAGUUUUAACAUAAUUGCAUCCGGUCGUGCCAAUGUGAAUUUCGCCGUUCUUGAGAAAAGCGAGGGACGUUUUGUUGCAGCCCCGGCGGCUGAGAAUGUUAUCAUUUGGGAUUUGCGUAUGGGCGAUCGUAAAUUGACGCUGCGCCGUGAAAAACAAGAAGUAACCGCUUUGCGUGUCUCACCCGAUCAUCUGCAUAUUGCCGUGGGCUACGCGGACGGCGUGGUUCAGAUUUUCGAUCUAAGUUCUCAGACCUACUACGAUGCCAUUUGCUCUCUGGCGCUUCACAAGAAUGCCGUCAGUGUGUUGCGCUAUGAUGCGCAUGGUAUGCGUCUGGUGAGCGGCGGUCUGGACACCGAACUGGUCGUUGUGGAUGUGGUGGAGCAGGCGGGUCGUCAGCGCCUGAGUGGACACAAUGCAGCCGUUACAGAUGCACAUUUCUUGCAGCGUCUGGUCGAGCAGGACAUUGUGGUGAGCUGUUCAAAGGACACACAAAUCAAGUUCUGGAACCUGGAGACACAGUUCUGCUUCAAAACGAUUGUCGACAAUCGCACCGAAAUAUGGGCGCUGGCCUUUGUCAACGACCUUAUGGUUGCGGGUGCUGGUGAGAGCGGCAUGAAUGUCUAUCGCCUGCGCAAACGUGAAGAUAGCUCGGCACAAACUCUGGAGACAGCCGUCGAGGGCUUGGCCAUAGACGACGAAGAUACGAUAAGUCCCUUGAGUGUCAGCAAUUGCGGUACCAUACAACGCGCUGGCAAAGGACGCACAGUCAAUUUGGUUGCCGAUCCCAACGAACGUGUGCUGAGCUGUCACGCCACCAACGAUCUAAUUGAGAACUUUUACAUAUGCACCGCCGAGGAAGCCAAGCAGCGUCUGGCCAAGCGUCUGAAAAAGGCGCGCAAAAGGGCACAGGAUGCUGCAGCAGCCGAGGAGGACGACGAGCAUCUGUCUAAGGAGCUGUCGCUUAGUGAUGAAAUCAAGCGCCUAGAGAGCCUCAAAACGAAGCAGAAAAUCAAAUCAAUCGAUGUGCUGCUCGGCCAGAACAAAGAGCUGCGCGUCCUGGUCAGCUUAGCCAACAAUAGCAUGUGCCUGUACUCCCUGGAGGCAUCGUUAAAGUCGCGCAAACCUACAGCGGGGUCGGCAGCGUCUGCAGACAGCAGCGUCAAGUUGUUGCGCUCACUUACACGGCUGGGACAUCAGUCAGAGGUGCGUUCCGUCUGCUUCAGCAACGAUUCGUUGGCAAUCGGCUCUGGCUCGGGGGAUUCCUUCAAGUUCUGGGAUCGCGAUGCUAUGCAAUGCCUGCGCACGGUGCCCACAGAUUAUAUACUCUGCUCGCGGUUUGUGCCCGGUGAUCGCUAUGUGCUGCUGGGCAUGAAAAGCGGAAAGCUGUGCAUUGUGGAUGUGGGCGCAGCGGAUAUUGUCGAGCGAAUACCCGCACAUGAGAGUGAGCUCUGGAGCAUUGCUCUCUUGCCAGACCAGAAGGGCUGUGUUACAGGCAGCAGUGAUACGACGCUUAAGAUCUGGAGCUUCGAGCUGAUCGAUGCGGGCGAGGGCGAGUCACAGACCAAGGUGCUCUCACUGCUGCACAAGAACACACUUAAACUGGAGGAGACAGUGCUGUGUGUGGCCGUCAGUCCGGACAUGAAGUACCUGGCCGUGGGACUGCUAGAUGCCACUGUCAAGGUCUUCUUUUUGGACACAUUCAAGUUCUAUCUGUCGCUGUACGGACACAAGUUGCCGGUGCUGUGCAUGGACAUCUCCUACGAUGCAACGCUGAUAGCCACUGGCUCGGCAGAUCGUAAUAUUAAGAUUUGGGGCCUCAACUUUGGUGAUUGUCAUCGUUCGAUUUUCGCACACGAUGAUUCGGUCAUGUCCUUGCAGUUCAUACCCAAGACGCACAUGUUCUUCAGCUGCGGCAAGGAUGGCAAGGUCAAGCAAUGGGAUGGUGACUCCUUUGAGAAGAUAAUCACCCUGCCCGGCCAUAUUGGCGAGGCAUACUGCCUGUCCGUGUCGCCGAAUGGCCGCUAUUUGGUCAGCUGCGGUUCGGAUCGUACUCUGCGAAUGUACGAGCGCACCGAGGAGACAAUCGUGCUCAAGGAUGUACAGGAAGAGGAGCGCGAGCAGCUGGAAAACGAGAAACUGGCCACCGGCGAGGAUAAUAGUGUGCCGCUCUUACCAGGCUUAAAGCUGCCCUCGCGCAAAACUGUUGGCUCCGAGCAGGCUGCCGAAUCCAUCAUGGAGUGCCUCGAAAUAUCAAAACAAUUCGAGCUGGAGGCCGACGAUAAGCCCGAGCUGCAUCCGUUGAUGCUGGCGCUGCAAGUGAAGAAUCCAAUUGAUUUCCUCGUUACGACACUGAUUCGCAUACGCACCUCCGACAUGGAAGAGGCGCUGCUGCUGUUGCCCUUCUCGAUUGUGUGCGAACUGCUCGAGCGUCUGCCCGCGCUAAUUACCCAAAGACCCGACGAAGUGGAGCUGCUCUGCCGCGUAACCGUGUUUCUGUUCAAGGUGCACAUGAAGCCGAUUGCGGCAGCCAAAUCCAUGAAGCCCCUGCUCAUCAAGCUGCUGGGCCUGCUCAAACACGAUGUACAGCAGCUGCGCGACACCAUGGGCUACAAUCUGCACGCCUUGGCGCUGCUGCAGACGGACGUGGAGCAGCGCGAAGGUGUCCAGCUAUUCCGGGACGCCACGCUGGCGCGUCGCCAGCAGGAGAAGAAGCGACGCGCGGCCGCCAAGCGGCGUAUCCAAAUUCAAAUGGCGUAAACACGUUUAUAGGAUAGGACUUUAAUUUUACCAAAAUCGAAUCAAUAAAAAUACAUUUUAUUGAAA